AUGUUGUUAGGACCACCCGACGACAUCAAAUCCUCGCCAACGAAGACCAUGGACGACAACCACGGGGAAGGCCCCUCUAGUCAAGCUCGACCCCCCUCUCCUUCUCCCACGGGUUCUGUAAUCGACGUGGGCACCUUAUCAGAUGCGGCCAGGAUCCAAAAUCUGGAGAAUGGUGACUACCCCAAUGAUGACGACGACACUCGAAGCUUAUCCGAAAGCAUUCGUGGCCAUAUUAUCCGCGGCGGCUUGAGAUAUCAUGCCUAUCACGCGGGAAAAUACGCCUUUCCCAAUGACGAGACCGAACAGUAUCGCGAUGACUUGAAGCACACGCUGACACUCCACUUAUGUGACGAGCGGGCUUUUUUUGCGCCCGUGGAAGACGUAUUGGCAAACGGUGCUGAAGUCUUGGAUCUCGGUACUGGAACUGGGAAAUGGUGCAUGGAGUUGGCCGACAUAUACACAAAAUCUGAGUUCCACGGCAUGGACCUGUCGCCCAUUCAACCUGAUUGGGUCCCCGACAACGUUAUGUUCGUUGUCGACGACAUUGAGCACGAAGCAGGGUGGACAUACCCGGAAAAUCAUUUCGACUUCAUCCACAUCCGACACACAUUGCACUCCAUCCAAGACCGAAAAGAAAUGUGGAAUCGAAUAUACAAACAUUUGAAACCUGGCGCCUGGUUCGAAGUUCAAGAGUUUCAUUACACUGCUGCUUGUGACGACAACUCGUGCGAUGGACCGUUUGCUUUUCGUGACUUUCUUGGCUUCCUUGGGGACGGUAUGGCUGCUCUGGGCUCGGAUCUUCACGGUAUUCUAAAAUCUGAGGAUGAAAUAUCCGAGGCCGGAUUUCAAAACGUCAAAACCAAGACGCUGAAGUGCCCGGUCCUCCCUUGGGCGAAGACAGGGAAAAAGUCGGUUUGCGGCCACAUGCUGCGAGAAAGCAUCUUGUGGGGGCUUAAGGGGCUCGCACGUCGCCCCUUUGGCGAGGGACUGGGAUGGACCAACAUCCAAAUCGAAAUGUUCCUGGUCGAUGUCCGAAAAUCAAUGACGGAAGUCGACCCUGCCAACGGGCUACCCAGGUUUCAUGUAUACUGGCCCUUUCACAUCAUACAUGGCCAGAAACCCAUGGAUGGGCCAUGA